GUGCCCGCCCGCGCGCUCGCGCGCGCUCCGACCUCCGCCCGCGCCGGGUUUCGCGCACGGACAUGGCGGCGGCCGCGGCCGGCGGGGAACGGGCCCGGCCGGACCCGGCGGAGCAGCGGGCCGAGCUGGGGCCGCUCCUGGCCACGGCCCUCCGGCCCGGCGAGUCCUGGUACCUGGUGGAGAGCCGGUGGUUCAAGCAAUGGAAGAAGUACGUGGGCUUCGACAGCUGGGACAUGUUCGGCGCCGGCGAUCCCAACCUCUUCCCGGGCCCCGUCGACAACGCGGGCCUGUUCCCGGGGCCCAUCGACAACUCGGGCCUGUUCGGCGAUCCACAAACUCAGAGUUUAAAGGAGCACCUAAUUGAUGAGCUGGAUUAUGUUCUGGUGCCCACCGAAGCCUGGAACAAACUAGUAGCGUGGUACGGCUGUAUAGACGGGCAGCAGCCUAUUGUGAGGAAAGUGGUGGAGUAUGGGCUGUUUGUGAAGCACUAUAAGGUUGAGGUUUAUCUCCUGGAGCUGAAGCUGUGUGAGAGCAGCGAUCCCGACAAUGUCAUCAGCUGCCACUUCAGCAAGGCAGAUACUGUUGCUACCAUUGAGAAAGAAAUGAGAAAACUAUUCAAUAUCCCAGCUGAGAAGGAAACCAGGCUAUGGAACAGGUAUAUGAGUAACACUUAUGAGCAGCUCAGCAAGCUGGAUAGCACAGUGCAAGAUGCAGGGCUCUAUCAGGGUCAGGUUGUUUUAAUAGAAGUGAAAAAUGAAGAUGGCACGUGGCCUGGACAGCAUUGCCUGGCAAAAUCAAGCAUUGCAACUAGCAGAAACUUUACUACCUCUUCAAAAUCAUCAGCAAGUUCUUAUUCCUCAGUGUCUGCCACUUCUGUCAUUACUAACGGUGAUAGCAGUAACUCCUAUGGACUGAACAGCUCCCACCUGGGCAGGGGAGGUUCUGGGUAUGUCUGUAACUCUUACAACUGCAGGGACAGUGCUUCCCUCUCACAGCCUGGACUCUGUGGACUCAGUAACCUUGGAAACACCUGCUUCAUGAAUUCUGCAUUACAGUGCCUGAGCAAUACUCCUCCUCUGACUGACUACUUCCUGGAAGAUAAAUAUGAAGCUGAAAUAAAUCAGAACAACCCACUGGGGAUGAGGGGAGAAAUCGCAGAAGCCUAUGCGGAUCUCAUUAAACAGAUGUGGUCUGGGAGACAGUCUCACGUGGCCCCACGUAUGUUCAAAACCCAGGUUGGGCGGUUUGCUCCUCAGUUCUCAGGAUACCAGCAGCAGGAUUCCCAGGAGCUCUUGGCUUUUCUGCUAGAUGGCUUGCAUGAGGAUUUGAACAGAGUGAAGAAGAAGCCCUACUUGGAGCUGAAGGAUGCCAAUGGCAGACCUGAUUCGGAGGUGGCAAAAGAGGCAUGGGAGAAUCAUAGGCUGAGGAAUGAUUCCAUCAUUGUGGAUAUUUUUCAUGGUCUUUUCAAGUCUACUCUUGUUUGUCCCAAAUGCUCUAAAGUUUCUGUGACCUUUGAUCCCUUCUGUUACUUAACUCUCCCACUGCCCUUGAGGAGGGACCGUCUCAUGGAAGUUACCCUGGUGUAUGCAGACCCACAGCGCAGACCUGUCCAGUACCGGGUUGUGGUGCCAAUGAUGGGGGCCAUCUCGGAUUUGUGUGAAUCACUUUCCAAAAUCUCUGGUGUUCCUGCAGAAAAUAUGGUGGUGACAGACGUGUAUAAUCACAGAUUCCACAAAAUCUUCCAAAUGGAUGAAGGUUUAAAUCAUAUCAUGCCAAAAGACGACAUCUUUGUGUAUGAAGUUUGCAAGCCAAGUGAGGAUGGCUCAGAGUAUGUUACUCUCUCCAUUUACUUUCGGGAAAAGACAGUGAGGCAAUCCAGCAAUACUGCAGGGACUGUGCUCUUUGGGCAGCCACUGUUAAUAUCUGUGCCCAAACACAAGCUCACUGUGGAUCACCUGUACAGCGUGGUUUUGGAGCAGAUCAGCCGCUGUGUGAAACUCCCUCUGGCAGAAGAAUACUCCCCACCCUGCCCAGACAGAGGAACCUGCAAUGGCUCCAACGGUGUGGUUGAAGGUGACAUUGAAGAGAUGGAGCAUCAGGAUGGUGGAGAGGAAGGCAAGGAAAAAGUGACAGAAGUUGACCCCUGCCAUUCUGAGGGUUGUAUGCAAGUGGAGUCAGCAAGAGACCUGCAGCCUUGCAAGAAACAGCAUUUCACUUUUAGCCUUGUGAAUUCCUCUGGGACCUCGGAGAUAAACUCCAUUGUUGAAGGAAAAAUCUUAAAACUGAAUGCUUUUUCUGCAGUUGCUAUUGACUGGGAUUCUGAGACACGGAGGCUACUGUAUGAUGAACAGGAGGCACAGGCAUUUGAAAAGCAUGGAAGCAUGCUGCAGCUACAGAAGAAGAAGGCUGUUGUAGCCCUCAGAGACUGCAUAGAGCUCUUCACUACCAUGGAAACACUUGGUGAACAUGACCCAUGGUACUGCCCUAACUGUAAGAAACAUCAGCAGGCCACAAAGAAGUUUGACUUGUGGUCUUUGCCCAGGAUUUUGGUGGUACAUUUAAAACGCUUCUCGUACAGCAGAUACUGGAGGGAUAAACUUGACACGGUUGUGGAAUUCCCCAUCAGGGGUUUGAACAUGUCCGAGUUUGUCUGCGACCCAAGGGCAGGCUCAUACGUGUAUGACCUCAUUGCAGUAUCCAAUCACUAUGGAGCCAUGGGAGUGGGCCACUACACUGCCUACGCGAAGAACAAGGUGAACAACAAGUGGUACUACUUCGAUGACAGCAGCGUCUCGGUGGCUUCAGAAGACCAAAUAGUGACAAAAGCUGCGUAUGUGCUGUUCUAUGAGCGCCGAAACAGCGAGGAACAUUCUGCCCCCUCUGCUCCCCAAGAAGAGUGUGAUGGCAUGGAUACCAACUAAGCACCACCUCCAGCACUCAGCCACCUUGGUAGUGGUUGCUCUUGUAAAGCAAUGCCUGAGGCGCCUGAAAAUUUUUCUUCCUUCUGUAGGGGUCAAGCAGAAAAUCAAGCACUGAGAGAUUCGGUGCUGGGGGUUGCAGAAUAGCACUGAAGAGCCAGGAAUAGGUGCUGACACUUGGGUAUUUAGAGGCCAAAAAUAAUAUAUAUUGGAGCUUCAAUAAAGUUCUUUUUAAAAUCUGGCUGAGCUGUGUGGCUAGAGGCAGGGGCUGGGGCUGUGGUUCUUGGGCUGAGGGUUGCAGCUGGGGUUGGGAGAGGACAGCCUGAGCUGGAGGCCAGGCACAGCUGAGCCUGGAGGGGCCCGUGGAGGAGAGUGGUGGGUACGAUUCUGUGAAUCGGCAUUUGGGCUUCCUGCCAACUCUCUGGUGUUGCUAUUGGGCCCUGCUUGUGUCAGGGAGGCCUCCUGCACCCUUUCUGGAGCUCAGUUCAAAUCUUUGUACAUCUGGUCUGUUGCAGUCUCUGCCAUUGUACCUAGGUCCCCUGGCAAAGCAGCAAAUGUUUCUCUGCUUGCAUCCUUUCACUGAUGCAUUUGAGGCUCUCCUGGGCAGUUUUGACUCAGCAUUUUUCAUGUGAACACUGAAUCCAGUGAUGCAGGAAUCUUGGCCAGAAGUGAAUCAUACCUGCCUGUGGUGUGGCAUGUGUGCAGGCUGAUCCCCUUGGAGAUGCAGGUUACAGCUGCUCUGGCUCCUGUUCUUCUGCAGAAAAACACCAUCCACAACAUUGAGGAUUUCUUGUCUUUUCCAUCUCCUACACCCCUCACUUCCAGGCUGCUCUGUAAGCACUUUUCUGCUGCCAGCAUUUCUCCUAUGGUUUGUGCAGUGACAGCAUUUUUAUCCUUUUUUGCUCAUUUAUGUCUCCAGCCAAGCUCAGCACUGUGUCCCCAGAGCUGUCACCUGUAUGGGUGAUAGAACAGUGCAAUGGAUUGUGUGAGUUUUCAGCCUUUUCUCUUGCAACUUUGGUUUUUUUGGACUGCUCUUUCAGCCCUCCUCCACCCUUGAGUGCUGCCUUUUGCAUCCUCAUCUGAUCACCCUCUGUGGGGCUACAGGUGUCAUAGUCCUGUCCCAGGUCCUGUUUGCCUCUGCUGUUCAGUGGUUCUGCUCCAUCCUUUGCCAGUCACAACUGGCAAAUGCUCUUCCCUCUGUCGUGCUUUACUGCGUGCUGCUUUUUAGGAUUCAAGUCCAGCUUUCUUGAAAAGAGAUUCCUGUAAGUCUCAGUGGAGAACUGGUCUUCCAUGUGAAAAAUGGGAAAAAUUCCAGAGCCUUAGCCUGUAUUUUUUUAGGGAAACAUCUAGCUCAAGGUAGUGAACCAAACAGGAGGGUUUUUCCUUCUUAGAUCCAAGUGUGUUGGCAGAAUGAAAGGCUGAGACUGGCUAUCAGUGUGCUUUUUGUUCCCUCUGGAAUAUGUGCUUACAGCUGCUGUGGCUUCAGUGCUGGCCAUCACCUUCUGUGGUGGUGGUCAGCAGUGCUCAUCCAUUUAACUCCAAACUCGCCACCUCAGCCCCACCUUUCUGCAGCCCCGGGCAACAGGCAGUGCCUGAAAUUGCAGCGUGCCUGUGCCUGCACCCUGGGAGAGCAGCACCAGGCAGCCCUUUGCCCGGGCACGGGAAAGUGAUGGGGAGGAGGAGGGGGUAUUGUCUCUAGCCAGCAUGCUGCUGAUAUGAUUCUCCCUUGUGGAAUUAUCUUCAAAGCAUUAAAAUUUAAAUUUUGAGAUCACAAUAGCUUAGUUGCUUCUGCUGUUUAGUUUUUAUUUUUAUUUUUGCAACUCUUAAUAUUGAAUUUUUUUUCCUUAUUACUGAGGGGAGCAUGCAAAAAGCAACUUUUAAGCUGUAGCACUGCACUGAAAUUAUGCUAAUCAGCAUUUUUUUGUUUUACCCUGAAAGUAAGUCAUGUGGGCAUUCCAAAAUGGGGAAUAGAGGAAAGGGAGGACAAUAAAAGAUCUUUUUAAAAGAUAAAUCAAUCUGAAGUAGCCUUUGUCCUCUUCCUCGCCUCCCUGCCUGUGCUGACACUGAGAAAUGCAUCUGUGGGGUUCAAUCUCAGAUCCUGAACAGACUCUGUUGUACUGCAGAACAAGCAGCCCAGCUCUGCUUUCUCUGCCUCGGAGCUGCUGGGCUUUGGCUGGUGUGUGUGUGCUGUAAUACCAGACUGUUUUUUAGACUAGCACUUUGUAAGUGGCUGGCUCUGUUGUACAAAGAGGAAAAUUAAAGAGUGGUUUGCACUGAAA